CUUUUUGAGACGGAGGUAAUUUGGCGUGCUAGCUUAACACUUUUGAUGAAAGAAUGACAGAGAUGAAGGUCCAUCUUCAACAUCACCAAUGAAGAACGACCUUUCUUAAUUUGGUUCCUCCCAAUCAUAAUCCUGAACACCUGCAGCACGCUGCAGACACCUUUGUACAAAGAGGCUUGUUCCUCGCCCAUCUUCUUAUGACAUGUUUGGCCUUCGUUGCUUCUGGAAAUCUUCCAAAUGCCAGUAUGGUCCUUGACCAAAUGUCCCAACUUGCCUCUCCCAGCGGCAAUGCGAUGCAAAGGGUCACUGCCUACUUCAUCUCCGCCCUCGCCCACCGCAUCAUUAGGGUUUGGUCGGGGCUGUACCGAGCCUUCAACGCCACUGCCAUAAUACCCACCGUUGGAUAUGAAAAGGCCGUCCGGAAAAUGUUCUUUGACCUUUGCCCUUUCCUGAGACUUUCUUAUGUGAUGACGAAUGAGGCUAUAAUGGAAGCUAGCUAUAUACUACGUAUAUAUGGAGGGGGGGAAGGUGGUCCAUGUUGGAUGUAAAACACAUAUACGAAUGUAUUGAAGUCUAUACUAAGCAAAAAC